AUGGCGAUAACCUGGAAGAGAGCUUAUUUACUUCCUGGUCCUCCUCGAAGAGGGAAGACUAGUAUGAUCACUGCCAUGGCGAACUACUUGAAGUUCGAUAUCUAUGAGCUUGAUUUGGGCAGAGUUUGUAGCAAUUAUGAACUUUCAAGAUUGGUGGCAACCACAUCCAGUGGCAGCAUCAUUGUUGUGGAGGAUAUCGAUUGUUGA